AGAGAGAGAGAGAGAGGGAGAGAUGUGCUGAGUGCAUGAAGGCAAAAGGAAAAGCAAUUGAAUUCAGCAAAUUCAAAGGCCGAGCAUUGUGCACCGAGCCCACAGGGACGGAGACGACAGCUGAAGGACAGUCGCAGUGGGGACAGCACUUUCUGACGAUACACUUACAUCAUAUCGCCUGGCUGAUCGAGUGAUUCGCAGAAGGCAGAAGCAUGGACCUGGACCUGGAGGGGAUUAUCCAGUGCAUCAAGCAGGGCGACGAGAACGGCGUUCAGAUACAGCUGCAGGAGUUCAACAAAGAGUACGCCCAGUGCUUCUUCUUUGAUUCAGAAGAGAGGGACCGGAGGAAACAAAGGAAACUGGAGGAGUUCAGGAAAAACAAAGUGAGGGAUUACGAUGAUUCCGACUCCGACUGCGACCAGUACGAGCAGGAGGAUCGAGGCCUCGUCCUGCGACAGAACUUAGCUCUCGUCCUGGUGAGGUUCGUCAGGACGGGAGUCAAAUGCCCGCUGCUGAAGGUGUCUCUGCGCACCCUGAGAAUCCUCUCCAGGGACAAAAAGGUCCUGGGCCCCCUGGUGACCGACGGCGCCCUCCUGACGCUGGCCAGGCUGGCCGGGCUGACCGCCGGCGACCCGAGCGACCCGAGCGACGAGCCCGCCGACCCGGACUCUGAUUUCUACGACCACGUCAUCGCCUCCCUGGCCGAGGCCAAGGGGCCGCCCCGUCGCUCCGAGGAGGAGGACGAGGGCGAGGGCGCCGCGGGGGCCGAUGACGACGGAGGCGGCGGAGGCGAGUGCUUCGUGGAGGACGACGUCAGCAACGCCGACAGCGGAGACCUGGACGGCGGCGGCUGGUCCGGCAGCCGCGGCGGCGUCGACGACGCUCAGGGGGGCGGCGCGCGCCACAAGGCGCUGGAGAGGGGCCGGAGGGACCGCCGAGAGAGCAAGCCGGAGCGGGAGGGAGAGGAGCAGGAGCAGGAGGAGGAGGUGGAGGGGGUGCCGCCGGGAGAGGAGGCGCAGAGGAAGGAGGCCUUGAAGGUGUUGUGCAACGUGGUCUACAACAGCACCUGGGCGCAGGAGAGGUUCAGUGGUCUCAGGCUCAUGUGCGGCCUCCGGGAGCGCCUGUCCUCCGGCGCCGGCGGCUCGUCUUCCUCCAGCGUUCAGUUCUACGAGCUGCGCCUCAUGUUCCUCGUCACGGCUCUGCGGCGGGAGCUCAGCACUCAGCUUCAACAGGAGGGAGGCGUGUCCAUCUUCACAGCAGCUCUGGAGAGCUGCCUGGGGGUCCAGUGGAAGGACCAGUACGAGUGUGUGCUGGACCCGGCGGCACCGCCCAUCUCUCUGGAGGCCUCCCAGCGGGUCAUAGAGAUCCUCAAAAUCCUCUUCAACAUCACCUACAGCAGCCACAGGCAGGAGCCGAGUGAGGAUGACGCAGCUCUCUACCGACACCUGGUGGCGAUGCUGCGUGUCUGCCUGAUGAGGAAGUGUUUGCUUUUGGACGACACCGAUGAACUGCAGGGCCACACGGUCAACCUGCUGUCAGCGCUGCCGCUCCAGUGUCUCGACGUGCUGCUGACGGCGCGCGAGGAGCCCGACUCCGCCCAGGGCCCCGGGGUCAACAUGGAGUGCGUCCACACCCUGGUGCUCUUCAUGGAGAGGCGCCUGGAGUCGGGCGACAAGAUGAAGGAGAAGCUGACGCCGGUCUUCAACCUGCUGACGGAGAGCUGCAGGGCCCACAGGGAAACGCGCCACUACAUCAGGAAACACAUCCUGCCUCCUCUGAGAGACGCGUCCCACAGACCGGAGGAAGGCUCCACGGUGAAGAGCCGGCUGGUCCGCCUCAUGACUCACCUGGACACGGACCUCAAACACAGCGCCGCCGACCUCAUCUUUGUCCUCUGCAAGGAGAACGUGAGCCGCUUCGUCAAGUACACGGGCUACGGCAACGCGGCGGGCCUGCUGGCCACCCGGGGCCUGCUGGGGGGGCGGGGGCCCGGGGGGGCCUCCGGGUACUCCAGCGACUCCGACUCCGACACCGAGGAGUACCGGCAGGUGAAAGACCGCAUCAACCCGGUGACGGGGCGGGUGGAGGCGCAGCAGCCGGACCCCAUGGAGGGCAUGACGGAGGAGGAGAAGGAGGAGGAGGCCAAGAGGCUCAUCAUGCUCUUCAACAAGCUGUCCAGGGAUGACAUCAUCCAGCCAAUGGGAGUGGAUUCAGAGGGGAAGCUGGUCCCGAUGUUGGGACUGAGGGAUAACUCCCUCACGGAGGAGGUGAAGUCGGACUCUGAGAACGACGGAGAAGCAGAGGAACCGUAAAAUCCAGUCAUAGUUUAUUGA